AUGCUCGUAGAACGACGAGUGAUCAUACCUUACGCCUCGUUCCCACACAUCAUCGAGGCGAUCCUCUGGCAAGCAGACUACAAGACCCUCCAUGCCAUUCGAUCAACCUGCUCUUCUCUCAAGACAGCGGCACACAAGGUGCUCUGGGAUGGUACUGUCCGGGUGAGAAUGGAGGAAAGGACGCCGGUCGCGGAGCAGGCUUUGACCUUAGGGUCCGGCUUGGACGUAGUGCUGAGGAGUGGCGUGGGUGUGCUCCCGGUUCUGGAAGACAAGUGGGCCGCAACAUUAGCCCUGGCCUGCACAGUAGAUGUAGACAGCGGGUGUCUUGGUCCUUCCACCAUGCUUACGAGUGAACCACACUACGGUCGUGUAGCGGAGCUGGUGCGGCUGGAUGUCGAGAGGAGUUGGCGGCGUCUCGCAUUGAACGCCGCCCUCAGAAGCGCUCUGAACAACAUUCCGUCCUCCGCCGACGUUGUCAUCAAACACAUCGCUGCGCAACCCAAUGUCGCAUAUCUCCCGCCAUCCUCACACUUGACCGUUGUUCUCGACCCCCUCUGCAACUGCGCCAGGGGGCUCCCAGCUUCACACUCUGCGCGCCACGUUUCUCUCCUCCACACAUCGGACUGGGACGACAGAGUCGAUGAGUUUACCACACGGUUUUGUGGAGUCGCUUGUGCUGCAGUCUCACCCUCUGUCCAGCUCUUAACCAUCUCAGCAAUCUCACUUCGUCACAUCCGCUUCACCGUGAACGCCAUUGCUCUCCAUGCGCCGCGGCCACACAAGUCCUUCAAGGUCCAGAUUCGCCUCCGGCAGUCCCUGGAGGAGGAACACGGGAGCGCCAUCCGUGACUUGGUAUCCGCGAAGUUGGGAAUUCAUGCGGAGUCCGUAUUUAUCAUCCAGGACGACGACGCUGGAGUUAUUGUCGACUAA